AUGUUUAGACACAAAUGUCCCAAUCUAGAAGAUCCCCGCCAGUCUGAGGAGCGUCUGCUGGCAGAAGAGAAUGGUAUAUUGUGGACUGCGAGUGAAAAAAAAGGAAGUCAUUUCACAAAAAGCUUUCUUUGGUUCACUGCACUUAGCAUCUUCUUCAUGAGCGGCACUUUGUUCGGGUUCUUCUGGCGAGGUGACUUGGAUGGUCUGUGUAGUCAACAUGUCUCCCAGUACUCACCCAUUAUGAUGAAAGUUGGAAUUAGCUAUGAUACGCGUGAAUUCAACGGCUCGCUUUUUAAGGAGAACAUUUUCCGUCAAGAUGCGAGCCCCGAUGUGGAUGCUGCAUGGGAAGCUCUCGGGGUAAACUAUCGAGGCAUUCGAGUGCCAACAGCGGAUGCAGAGCAAUCGGGUCUCACCGCAGAUCAGGUCCAGAUCAAUCCCAAAUACGGCGGAGGAUAUCCAGCGAACGUGGGAGGUCUCCAUCAUUUGCACUGUCUGAACGUGAUACGACAGUCACUUUACUACAACUACGACUAUUAUCAUAUGAAAGAAGAGGGCAUCUUCAGCCACAAUGAUUACAUCGUUCGGCGUCAGAUUUCAUACUGCUUGGAUACCCUUCGGCAGCAGCUCAUGUGCACAGUAGACACCGGAGUAUUGGGACAGAUCUGGGUAUACCCCGAUAACCCAGAGCCACACCUCGACUCCAGCACUCAUCAUCGGUGCAAAAACUUUGACCAGAUUCGCCGCUGGGCUGAAGUGAAUCAAUUGCCCAAGGACCCACCAGUGGAUUAUAUCGCACCUCCUGCGCCCGGCACAAUCUACGCCGAGAUACCAUGA